AUGCCUGGUCAUAUAAUUAAAAAUGACCUAACCGAUGGUCUUGAUAUAACCAAAGAGAAAAAGAAUGAGGAAAAUGCUACAAAUAUUGAAAAAAAUGAGUUUUUGUCAAAUUUGAAAAGUUUUGACUUCAAAACAGCUGCCCUUCAUUCUUUAAAAAAUUACGAUAAUGAAUUUAUUCACCUUGAAUCUACUGUUGUAGUUGAAGAAGCAACUCGAAAUCAAUCAUUGUGUGAUUCUUGGUAUCAGAUUCACCUUGAAAUGAGAAUUACUGAAGUUAAUGUGUUUUGUGAUUUUAUGGUGUGGACACCUAGUGAGUUUAUAGUUUUACAUAUUGAAUCUGACUACAAUUUAAAUGAUAACUUUUUGACUCAAAACGUCACAAAACCAACCUUUAAUUCAGGGACACUGUCAGAAGGCAAAACCUUAGAUUUGAUUUUAACCGAUGCACCAGAGCGUAUUUCGAUCAUAGGCUAUAAUCCUCCGUUAAGCAAUUUAAAUAAUGCACAUAAGGUAUUGUAUUGGAAUUACAUCUUAAAAAAACCAACAACAUCAAAAUCUUCUUUUGGGAAAUCAAAGUUGACCGGAAAUUAUCCAAAAAAAAACCAACAACAUCAAAAUCUUCCUUUGGGAAAAUCAAAGUUGACCGGAAAUUAUCAAGAAAUGAACAAUUCAUUCCAUAGUAUAAGAUGGUCACGUAUUUUCUCUAAUAAAAACGUUGAUGAAUCCUACAAAAUUUUUGUAAAUAAAUAUCAAGAAUUAUCUGACUGUUAUAUACCUAAAAAAGUGUAUAAACACAUAGCUUUAAAACCAUAUAUUGACAAACAAAUUAAGACUGAAAUCAGACAUAAAACAACCUUAUGGAACAAAUUAAUAUCAAAUAAAUCCAAAUCACCCAUUUUGGUUCAGCAAUACAAAAUACAAAGAGGAAUAGCUUCAAUGUCUAAUGAAUAUAAUAACAUUGUAACAAAUAGAGAAUCUAUAGCAAAUAUUUUAAACAAUAGUUUCAAUUCAGUUUGUGUUAACGAAGAUAAACAUAACAUACCAAAUAUACCGCAGAAGACUGAAAUUAUUCUAGAAGUAGAUGUUUACAAAGCUAUCGGAGUAGAUGGGAUAAGCCCAUAUGUUUUAAAUAAAUGUCAUAGUACUCUCUGUGAACCAUUACAUUUAAUAUAUAUAAAAUCGUUGACUGAGAAAAAAUUACCUGAACUCUGGAAAUUAGCAAAUAUAACACCAAUUUUUAAAAAAGGUUAUACGAACAUUGCAUCUAAUUACAGGCCAAUCUCAUUGACUUCUAUCCCGUGUGAAGUUUUGGAAUCACUCAUUAGAGAUGAAAUUAUGGAUUAUCUAAUAAAUAACAGCUUAUUAAAUGAAAAUCAGCAUGGGUUCAGAAAAAAUAAAAGCUGCACAACAAACCUAUUGGAAACUCUUGAUAUCAUAACAGAUGUACUAGAAAAUUGCCACUCAGUUGAUAUGUUGUAUCUAGACUUUGAAAAGGCUUUUGAUAAAGUACCACACUCGCGUUUGAUCACUAAACUUCAAUCAUAUGGUAUUGUAAGAAAUUAUCUGGGAUGGAUAGAGAACUUUUUAACUAACAGAAAACAGAGAGUGGUCCUUGGCGACACUGUCUCAUAUUGGCUACCAGUUAUUAGUGGUGUACCACAGGGGUCAGUUUUAGGACCACUGCUGUUUUUGAUUUUUAUUAAUGAUUUGCCAGAUCAAGUCAAAAACCCUAUUAAACUUUACGCUAAUGAUAGUAAAAUAAUAAAUGUUAUAAAAAAUCCUAAUGAUUCAAUAAGCCUUCAAAAUGAUAUAAAUAAUAUAAUGGCAUGGUCAUCUAUUUGGCUCACAAAAUUUAAUUAUGAAAAAUCUGAACGUGAUUUGGGUAUAAUGGUUCAACCUGAUUUAAAAUAG